GUCUGGGACCGCGGAGUAUCCCAGGUGCCGGCAGCUAAACGUGGCCGGGUCUGCAAGCAACACCAGCGGGGAAAGUUUCCCUGUUUCUUGUCGCCUGCUUUAACGCCUUAAACAGCCCGCUGAAAGCUGCAGCAGGUGCUAGGUAGCAUCCUACCGGCCCUCGGGAAAGGCGGAGUGGGGAGGCGAGAGCACCUUAGCCUCCUUGACCUCCCUUCCUGGUGACGGACGAACAGUUCCGUGGAAUUUCGCUUCACCGAGUGACCUUGAGCCCAGGGCGACGGUCAGCUUGUUCCUGGCUGCAGGAGACAUCCCAGCAAAGCCCACACAGCUUGGAGGCUGCUCCACUGUUGACACAAAUACUUACCACGAGCCUCUUGGAGACAGGAAAAAACGGGAGAUUCUCCGUGUCUGUUCUGCAGUCCCUUUGAUCAUUUUGAGGUUGGGAGCCGUCUUUACUUCUUUAGUCCUUCUGAGUGAACUUUGUGAGAAUUUUAAUGCAUGGAAAAACUGUCCACGUUCCAACUGCUGUACAUCCAAAAGUCUCAGUGUAAUAGCAGGACCAAAAUAUUCUGUCAAUCAGCUGACCAUAUUCUUAAUGACUACUAAAAUCUCGUGGACUUCUAAAGAAGCGCCAUGGCCUGUGCUGCUGUUAUGAUUCCUGGGUUGUUGCGGUGCUCUGUUGGAGCCAUCCGUACUGAGGCUGCUUCACUGAGAUUGACACUCAGCACUUUGCGCCACCUUACUCUAACCAGCAUAAUGAAAUCCAAAAGGAAAACUGAUCACAUGGAGAGAACUGCAAGUGUCGUUCGACGGGAGGGUCUUGCUCUGUCACCAGGCUGGAGUGCAGAGAUUGUGUCAGCAGCUAAGGUGUGUGGAGCUGCCAGUGAGUCACCGUCAGUGAAGAGCCUCCGCUUGCUUGUUGCUGAUCAAGAUUUUUCCUUUAAAGCUGGCCAGUGGGUUGAUUUUUUUAUUCCAGGAGUCUCUGUGGUUGGUGGGUUUUCAAUAUGCUCCAGUCCCAGACUGCUAGAACAAGAGAGAAUGAUAGAAUUGGCAGUGAAAUAUACAAACCACCCUCCUGCCCUCUGGGUUCACAAUACGUGUACACUUGACUCAGAAGUGGCUGUGAGAGUGGGUGGAGAGUUCUUCUUUGACCCUCAGCCUGCGGAUGCCUCUAGAAACCUCGUGUUGAUUGCAGGAGGAGUCGGAAUUAACCCUCUGCUUUCCAUCCUGCGGCACGCAGCAGAUCUCCUCAGAGAGCGGGCAAACAAAAGAAGUGGAUAUGAGAUAGGAACAAUAAAACUAUUCUACAGUGCAAAAAAUACCAGCGAACUCCUGUUUAAGAAAAAUAUCCUUGAUUUAGUAAAUGAAUUUCCUGAGAAGAUUGCAUGCAGUUUGCAUGUUACAAAACAGACUACACAAAUCAGUGCAGAACUCAAGCCGUACAUCACGGAAGGAAGAAUAACGGAGAAGGAGAUAAGAGAUCAUAUUUCAAAAGAGACUUUGUUCUAUAUUUGUGGCCCACCUCCAAUGACAGACUUUUUCUCCAAGCAACUGGAAAACCACCAUGUAUCCAAAGAACACAUUUGCUUUGAGAAGUGGUGGUAGGAGGCAGACACAGAAAAGAUAAAGAGCAAGAAUCGAAAUUCACUUUGCCCCAUGAUCUUCACCAGAAUGGCAUACUUGCCUCUCCCCUCGUCAGAUUUAAAAGGUUUCUGUGAUUUAAGGUCUUCCAGCACCCCUCAGGAAGCUUGACAAUGAAGAGGAAUUAUUGAUGAAUGUGGAAAGGCCAGGGGGUGGGCAUUCAUUUUUAAUGACUACACUUCUUCCCUUGACUAAAUGGAAUCAAUCCUGCCUGCCUGAAUUUCAUCCAUUCAUCAUGCUGUCACAGUGGCUGACACACAGUAGGAACUCAAUAUUUAUUUGUUGGAUAAAUUUUUAAAAAGGUAUAUCUUACUUGUAUCACUAAAUGUUGUAUAUGAAGUGAAAUAUGGAUGUCUGAGAAAAUAGGACAAUUGAGUUUAUGGAAGAAAAAAGUGCAGAUAAAGAUUAAAGGUCAAACACUUCCGUUUGUCAUCUCAUUAUCCAGACCGUCAACAAGUCCAGUCUUGAAAAUACCUCUAGGAGCAUCCUGCCUUGCUAGUCCCCCUCAGUGGCACAUUCUGUUGGCUGCCAAAGCCAACAGCCCCUCGAUGGCCCAGGCCUCCUUCCUCACUGACACCCCCCAGGCCUGGACAAGCAUGACUCUUGACAAGUGGCAUGGGUCUGUGACUCAACCCUGGCCAAUGAGACCUGAGGAAAUCUGUUGGGGGUUUCUGGGAAAGGUUUUACUUGCUAAUAAAAAGGGACAUGUGGCAGGAAAAAACUGCUCCUGUUCACCAUUGUCAUCAUAUUUGCAUGAGACACCUAGAUUUGCCACAGUCACCUUGUGAGGAUCAUGAGGAGAGGCCCGCAGACAGGCUGAGGAUGAGUACAGAAAGAUGGCAGCACCUGGGACCCUGGUGGCAUCUUUAAGCCAUUGAAAAAGCUGACUCUGCAACCUCCCCAUCUUGCUCUAGACUUCCUGCUCAGUGAGAUGAGAUGAACACCCCUACGGCUUAAGCCACUUUUAGUCGGAUUUCCUGCUAUGAACAGUGGAAAGCAACCUAACUGAUACCCAUGACCACCACCCUUAUUCUAUUUCCCUGGGCUUCUGUUGCUCUAUCCACCUUUCUGGCCCUUUCUCCAGGGCCAGUUGUCCCAAUGUACAGCUCUCUGAUGAAAAUCCCACUAUGGCUCCUUUCAACCCAUUGCAAGAAGUCCAGGCCCUUGCCUCAACCACAAAGUCUUCCCCAGACUCUUCACAUGCAAACAUACUGUCAAGGACUCCCUACAGGGUGACCCUGGAGAGACAUCCAUGCAUGUUAUAUCCAUUUCCUAGGGUGGCUAUAAUAAAUGACCACAAAAUUGAUGGAUUACAACAAUAGAAAUUUCUCACAGUUCUGGAAGUCAGAAGUUCACAAUCAGGAUCACUGGGUCAAAAAUCAAGGUUAUAACAGGCCCCUGCUCCUUUUGGAGGCCAGGGGGAGAAUCCGCUUGUUUUUUUCCGGCGCUAGUGGCUGCUGGCAUUCCUUGUCUUGUGGCCUCAUUACUCUAAUCUUCAAAGCAUUUUCAACUCUCUACUCGGCCUUCUCCUCUAUGUGUGUAAAAUCUCCCUCUGCCUCUCCGUUAUACAGAUGCACACCCAGCUCUGCGUGCACACCCACCUCUGUGUGUAUAUCACCUCCUCUCUGGAAGGAGCGUUCUCUGUGAAAGGGAAACUAGGGAAGUGAGGGUCCGAGGAGAGAGGAGGAUUCAGUCUUUACUAUAUACACAUUUGCACUGUCAGCAUUUUGUUUAAAAUUACUAUAAAACCUCCAGUAACUUUUAUCUCAAUUUGCAAUGUAAUAUUCCUGAAUGGAAUUGUUUUUACACAUGCUCUUAGGCCAGGUUCCCUAGAAGCAGACACUAAGACAAGUAUUCAUGUGCAAGUAACUUAUUAAGGAUGUGCUGCCAGUGAGGGAGUGGGGGAAGUCGGACAACACAGUAGCAGCGGCCCAGGAAGGACGCAGUUUUAAGGACAUCCCGUGACCAGUGGCUUAGUCUGAUCCUGUGGGGAGCUCUGAGGGGUGAGUUACGCUCAGAGUUGUCCCCCUCUGAGGCCAGGGAGCAGAGCUUUCGUACACCCACACUCCUCUGUCAUUGACGAGGACCGCCUCAGGGCACUUGUGGCUCUUGUUGCUUAAAGCAGGGCAGGCUCCUGGAGCUCAGGGGCAGGGCUCUGCUAAGAGGCACAAGUGCUGCCUGCUUGAAGUGAAAGCACGAUGGUAAAAAGGGAGCUGAGGCAUCUAGAUCACCAACAUUAUCCAUUAUCAGAGGCAUCUGGGAGCUCACCCACAUUAUCCAUUAUGUGUUCUAAUUAUAAAAAAAAUUAAUAGAUGUGCCUUCUCUUCCAGCUGGCCUCUGCUCCUGUCACUUCCCACAGCAGGGAGCCCCCACACUCAAUCCCUUAGCCCAUUCAAGUCCUGACUUGACUGCCAAUACCCAGCUGGAGCCCAGUGUGUCCAGGAGGCCUUGCUCAGUCUCUGCUCUCUCCCAGGGCACUUCUGGUCAGCAGGGCACAAUUAGCCUUGAAUGCCUUCCUGUUUCCUUUGUAGGCUCUUCUUCCCGAGGCUCCUUGAUGUGUGGGGCGUCAGCAAACGCCCCUUUGCAUCCUUGUUCCUGGGCAUCAAAGAGCAGUCAUUCUCUUUGAGCCUAUGGAGUUUCCCAGUUCCCUGAGAGUUCUGUUAUGGAACCUCUAAUCUCCACCAUCUCAAAUGGUUUUCAUUCUUAUGUAUUCUUUCAUGGAUUAGUCUAGCCCACCUGCCCCAUGGGGGAGCAGGAGGGCUGGUUUUGGUCCAAUAGCCCAUCAUCUCUGUGUCCUGCCACUGCCACAAUCCACAUACAUUUCAGAACGCCCAAGCAAGUGGCUGCUGCCAAGGAGGAGGCAGAGGGAAAAUAAUGGCUAAAAGAGAUAAAAGAGGGACAGACAGCCAUCCCAGGCUCCAGUAUCCGAGGACAGGGUCAAAGCUUCAGAUCAGAAGUCAGGACUCAAUAAUCAGAUCAUGACCUUUUGGGGUCACUAUUUCUAAAUGUAAUCUCUUCCCCAUCAUUAUGGGAAGGCAAAUGACUUACCUGGGCAACACAAACUGUACAAACUAAGCUUUUCUCUGUGAAGUUCCUAAUAGCAGAAGAGUACUAGAGGCCCUCUCCAGAGACAAGAAGAAAGAAUUUCAGAGGCUCAGGGGAAAGUUUAAUAUGGCCCCAUGACAAGAAAUGCUCACAGGCCCGCUGGCUCCAGGUGGACAUGUCACCCUAAAAUAAAAGUUGGAGGCAACUAAGGAAAACCACUGUCGCUGUGGAGAUAGAUGAGUGUGAAUUUACAAGGACAGAAGGGGGUACCUGAGCCUCCAGGGAUGGUGACAGAAAUGAGGCAAACCCAAAAGAGGAGGAAUGUUGUGCCUGGAAUGAGCUGAGGUGUGCAGGUGGCGUGAGGUAUACACAUAUGCACCUCAGCCUAGAAUGAGAUGAGAUAUGUGAAUUACAUAUGUGCGUGUGUGCACACGUAUACACACACGCCGUUUAAAAUCAUGCUGAAAGCAAGAAGUUGCACAAGAAGAGUAUGUUCAAGACAAUAAAAAUGGGAUUAUUCAACUCCUAUUUUACUUUCUUUUCUACAAGGAGACAAAUAUGGCUAAAGUCUAAGAGACUCUGUGAAGUUUUCUCCCCAUUAAUGGCAUCACAGCAUUUAUAUCUGUGUUCAUCAGGAUUCUCCUGAGAAAGAGAAUCAGUAGGCUAUCUUGUAUCUAGAAGGAUUCAUUUUGAGGAACUGGCUUACAUGACUGUGGGGGAUGUAAAAUCCAAAGUCUGCAGGGUAGCCCAGCAGGCUGGAAAUUCCAGCAGGAGUCGAUGUUGCAGUUUUGAGUCUGGAGGCUGAAUUCCUUCUUCUGGGAUCUCAAUAUUUUUUCUUAAGGCCUUCAGCUGAUUGGAUAAGGUCCACUCACAUUAUGAAGGGUAGUGUGCUUUACUCUUCUACUGAGACGAAUGGUAAUCGCAUCUCAAAAUACUUUUAUAGCAACAUCUAGAUUGGUGUUUGAUCAAGUAACUGAGUACCAUAGCCCAGCAAAGUUGACAUAAAAUUAACCAUCACAGGAUAAUUCUGCAACUUAGUUUUCUUGUUUAACAUUUCCUGCAAUUCCUUCCAUGUCAGCUUAUACAGAAUGACCUAAUCUAUAAUAAGAAUAUAUUAUCUUUUGUUUAACCAUUCCCCUACUGAUGGACAUGAAUAUUGUUACCUUUUUUGAUAUUACAAAUAAUGCUGAGAUAAUAGCCUUGUCUGUGCCUUCUUGUGAACGCAUGCAUUUGUUUCUUUAGAAGAGAUGGACGUGAAGUAUGAAAUUGCUGAGUCAUGGAUGGGAGUGGGCAUUUCAAAUUGUUAGCAGAUGUUAGCAGUAUGCCCUCUGAAGCAAACUUGAAAAUUUUAAAUGAGCUCAAGCUGAGAUGAAUCACUUUUUUUUUUUUUUUUUUAAGGAAAAGGCAGUCAUCCAUACAUACUAUUCUGUAAACAGGUGUGUAACUGUCAAGGUGAGUGGCACACACGAAUUUGAUAGAAGUCAAAGUACUGAAAGAGCUGCUAAAAUAGAGCUGAGGCUAUUCUGACCUCCAUAGCACUCACCUGUGCUAUGAUUCGCUUUGCGGUGGGAAAGGAUGGAGAUGCAGCCUGGGAGGGGUUUGGGUGUUGAUUCCUGGGCCUUUCAUGGGAGUGAUUAUUUGCAGGAAAAUCAUCCCUAUCACAGGAAAAAGGCAGAGAACUGCUGUCUUUGGCACUAAAGACUAUGAUCUCAGAACCAAAAUAAUUAUCUUGGAGAAACUGUGGCAAUAAAAGAAAAAAACCAGAUGGUUUAAAAAGAACAAAUAUUGGCUCCCCUGUGAAUUCUAGAAACCAUAGAAAUUGAUGUUACUCCCUGGCAAAUCCUAGAGUGGAUUCUUAAAGAGAUGGUUGGGAGCCUUUGAAAACAAAAGCUUGAGCCCCAGAAACCUGCAGAACUUCAUGAAGACCAAGUGAGACCUAAUGUGUUGUUACACAGGAUUAUGAGACAGGGUUACAGGACAGAGUAGGUUUCAGUUACAGAAAAGCAUCUCAUCAAGCCUUUCAUGUAAAUACAAGAGAGGAACGGAAGGUGGAACAACAGGGCCACCUGAAUCCACUGCAGAAUGGUUUGGGUUAGUGUCAGGCACUGGUGGAGAGAUUCUUAUAGCCUGCCAAGGACUGUGUCCUUGAUCCAGUCUGUUUGCCAUUGAGACCAGCCAGGAGCCACCAUACAUAUGAAGCCUUCAGGGAAGCCAAGGCUGGAAGAUCCCCAGAAUGAAGGAUGAUAUAACCAUGAUCAGAAAUGUCUUGACAGGCUGGGGAAAUGGGCAGAAGCGAAUGGUAUGAGAUAAAAUGGGAGUUAACAAAAGAUUAAAUACGCAGGCAGAGAGUGGAGAAGAGCUGACUCCAGAGCCUCAUGACAAAGUCUGUGGGGUUGCAGAGGCUGUAAUGACGCCCUAAGCCAUUCUCCCCGCAGCUGUACUCGCGGAAGUCCAGUCCACCCUGAGAGAAGUCAAGUCCUCGCAGGCAGCAGCAGCUUUCUAGGAUGCUCAUGCCCUUCUGACCUCACCAACUGAGCAUGUCAGGGGUAAGCUGUAUGUGUUUCUAUAAGUUAGACCCAUUUUCCUAGUUACAUGUCUUAAAUGAUUUAAAAGCAUAUAAACUAUAAGUGCAAAAACAAGUUGUUUCUCAAAAAACUAAGUUGAAUUCCUUGAAGAGACUCAACAAAGAACAAUCACUAAAAAGUAACAACUGUGGCUGAAUUAGAUGUGUGUUGGGCGUGGGGACUAGAAAGACUAGAAAGAAAUCAUGAAAACAUAGAAGGAUUCUGCAGUCAGAUUCCAUUGAUACUUUAAAGAAACUGAUACUGGACAUUGUAGUUAGCACACUUUGGGUGUGGUUUAUAUGAGAAAGAUGAGGCAGAACUCUACUUCAGCAGACACUCAACUCAAAAAGACUGGCAAAUGGACAUGUGUUUACAUACUUUACAUUCAAAUAAAAUGUGUAAGAUAGGAAUCUGA